AUGGCUCCAUACGAAGCUCUUUACGGAUGGAAGUGUAGGUCACCUAUCGGAUUGUUCGAGGUUGGGGAAACUAAGUUAGUAGGACCAGAGUUGAUACAACAGGUAGUUGAGAAGAUUAAACUUAUAUGGAAAAGGUUAUUAGUAGCUGAGAGUCGCCAGAAGUCCUAUACAGAUAAUCGACUACGAGACUUGGAGUUUCAGGUAGAUGACUGGGUAUUUCUAACGGUAUCACCGAUGAAAGGCAUUAUGAGAUUUGGAGAUCCUUCUAGAGUCAUUCCAAUUGACGAUGUUCAUAUCACAGAGCAGUUAUCAUAUGAGGAAGCUCCCAUUGCUAUACUAGGUAGAUAG